AAAAUAGAGUUGGCAGAAAAAAGAGGUGCUUGUGGUUACAAUAAACAGAGAAACGCGUGUAAUAAAGAAAGAAAAUGAGAGCGCAGUUGAUGCAACAAUCUGUGGGAGCCUCAUGUCCUCUCAACGCAUUCUCAUCAUCUGCAACGAGAGGAAAUUGAGAUCUGAUUUAUAAUUUAGCACAAAAUAAUAACAAUAAUAAGCAACAUUGAGAAACACAGAUCGAGAUGGGUUGUUCAAUAUCUGGUUUGAACUCCAUGUACGAUGCGGCAAAUGCAGGUGGUGAUGUUUGGAUCAAUGAGAAUCGUUACAGGAUUAUAAGAAAGCUUGGCGAAGGCGGCUUUGCUUUUGUUUUUCUUGUUAAGGAGAUCCUCGCCAACGCUCCUCAUCACGUUGAUGUUGCUGUCAUCAAGAAAUCCAACAAAUCUUCUUACAUUUCUGAUGAUGGAACAUAUGCGAUGAAAAAAGUUCUCAUUCAGAGUGAUGAGCAGUUGGCAUUGGUGAAGGACGAAAUUCAUAACUCAUCUCUUUUUAGCCACUACAAUCUGCUUCCUCUACUUGAUCAUGCUAUCAUCUCAGUCAAGCCUACUGCAGAACAAACUUGGAAGCAUGAAGCAUACUUGUUGUUUCCAGUUCACUUGGAUGGUACAUUGUUUGACAAUGCUAAAGCCAUGAAAGCUAAGAAAGAGUUCUUCUCUGCUUCAGAUGUUCUUCAAAUAUUUCGACAGAUUUGUGCAGGACUCCAGCAUAUGCACAAUCAUGACCCUCCAUAUGUACACAACGAUGUCAAACCUGGUAAUGUCCUUUUAACAUGUAAAAAGGGUCAGCCACCUCUUGCGGUCUUAAUGGAUUUCGGAAGUGCUCGUCUAGCUAGAAGGCAGAUCCGCUCUCGUUCAGAGGCUCUGCAGUUACAGGAAUGGGCAGCUGAGCACUGUUCAGCACCUUUCCGAGCUCCCGAGUUGUGGGACUGCCCAAGCCAAGCAGAUUUUGAUGAAAGGACUGACAUAUGGUCAUUAGGUUGCACACUAUUUGCUAUAAUGUAUGGCGAAUCUCCAUUUGAGUAUGCACUUGGGGAAUCUGGUGGAAGCCUGCAGUUGGCAAUCGUAAAUGCUCAGAUAAAGUGGCCAGCUGGGCCUAAUCCUCCAUAUCCAGAAGCACUUCAUCAAUUUGUGACAUGGAUGCUCCAGCCCCAAGCUUCAAUUCGACCUUGCAUAGACGAUAUCAUUGUUCAUGUUGAUAAAUUGGUUUCCAAAUUUUCUCAGUGAAGAAAAUCAGAGUUAAAUAAAUAAUGCAUUAGAUGAGAUUUACAGGCACACGCGAAAGAUUGGGUAAUUUAUAUUACAAUUUCAAAUGCAAUAUUUUUUGGCUUUCUUUUGUGAAGUUUUGACAAGAAAGGCAUAUAGCAAUGUGUUUUAUCAUUCAAAUUUCAUAUAUGUUUAGGUACUCUUGCAUCAUUUUAACUUUAAUGUACUGUUGUUCAAAUUUUGUAACAGUAUAUUUUUUUUUCCUAAUUAGGACGACUUGAAAUAUAUACGUCUAUUUCCUAGGGUU